GUGACAAGUAGCUUUGAUUUUUGAACUAACUAUUCAUUCUGUCUGUCCGUUUUAUCACAUUCACACUAAAUGUUGCCAUAACGAUAAGCGGUGAACAUCUCAACAAACAUGUCUGUGACAUCUUCAGAGGAAACCCAGCGGUUUCACAGCGACACCUUCGAAGUCUAUCGAUCUGAAGGCGAUGCACAUCGGAUUAAAAAAAAGUUUCCCAGGGCAAUACUUUGCUAUACGAAGGCCUUAGAGAAGAAGGAUGGUGAUGCAUAUUGUUUUUUAAAACGUUCCCAAUGUCACCUCCUGAAUGGAAAUGCAAAUAUGGCCCUGGCAGACGCCAAUGACGCUUUGAGAUUCUCCCCAGAAAAUUAUAAAGGCCUGCUUCAAAAGGCCGAGGCCCUUUAUACUAAGGGAAAUUUUGAGAAAUCUCUUGUAUAUUUUCAUCGUGGCCACAACAAGAGACCUGCCUUUGCUUGUUUCCGUUUGGGCAUCCAAAAAUGUGAGAAGGCCAUCAGAAAUUCAUUAGCAAACCCGACGGCAAUUAAGAUGACAAGCAGUGAAGGACAGUAUAUCUCCGUUCAGUGUGAUGAAGAAAUAGACAGACAUGCGAUGCUGAAAGCACACAGAAAAGGAGCGACGCAAACUAACUCGGAUGAUGUACCGUUGCACAUCCUACAUCCAAGCAGAGCCCGAGUGAUUUUUGGCCACUUGCACGACGUGCACGAGUACCUGCAGCAGUUGAUGUAUCAAGAAAGGUAA